UGUGCGCCCCAGGGCUUGGCAGGACUUGUGGGGGCGGCAGCUUUGUGCUGCAGGGAGCUAAGUCGCUCGGCCAGAUCGGUGGGAGAACGGCUGUUUGUGGGCAGCCAGGAAGGCAUGUGAAGAUGUCGACCCUCCUCGACCCCGGGAUGCACACUCUCCAGAUAGGUAGAAACGGGGAGAGGUCCCAGACGCCGUCUCCGCCCCGUUCCCCCGGCAUGCACAACGACAGCUACAACAUCGCGCCGCUCACACCCUCCCAGUCUCCCCGGAGCGAAACCCGGGCCCAGCGCCCCGCCCCCUUCUCCGUGGUGGUGGCCAUCGACUUCGGCACGACCUCCAGUGGCUAUGCCUUCAGCUUCUCCAACGACCCCGAGGCCAUCCACAUGAUGAGGAAAUGGGAAGGGGGUGAUCCAGGCGUGGCCAAUCAGAAAACCCCCACCAGCCUCCUGCUGACCCCAGAGGGCGCCUUUCACAGUUUCGGCUACACAGCCCGGGAUUAUUACCACGACCUCGACCCAGACGAAGCCCGGGAUUGGCUCUACUUUGAGAAGUUUAAGAUGAAGAUUCACAGCACGAGUGACCUCACCAUGCAAACGGAGCUAGAAGCCAUGAAUGGGAAGAAGGUGCAGGCGCUGGAGGUCUUCGCACACGCCCUUCGCUUCUUCCGGCAGCACGCCGUGCAGGAGCUGAAGGACCAGUGCCCAUCCUUGCAGGAGAAACAGGCCAUCCGCUGGGUGAUCACAGUGCCCGCCAUCUGGAAGCAGCCCGCCAAGCAGUUCAUGAGGGAAGCGGCCUACAAGGCCGGCCUGGUGUCCCCCGAGAACCCGGAGCAGCUGCUGAUCGCACUGGAACCGGAGGCAGCCUCCAUCUACUGCCGCAAGCUCCGUCUCAACCAGCUGAUUGACCUGAGCUGCAAACCCGUCACCAACGGCCUGGCCCCCGAGCUCUCCAUCGACUCCAGCUUCCGGCAGGCCAGAGAGCAGCUCCGGCGGUCCCGGCACAGCAGGACCUUUCUGGUGGAGUCGGGCGUCGGCGAGCUGUGGGCCGAAAUGCAGACAGGUAGGAGGGGCCGCUUGCUCGUGAGCGGGAGGGCGGGGGCCCUUGGGGGCAGCAGGAGGCAGAACCCCACCCCCCGCCCCCAGGAAGGGAUACGGCCACGUCGGCAGCCAGGACCCCCGGGUGCAGGGCCGCCACGCCCUGGUCCCACGACCGACCCCAGCCACAAAUAGCCCAGCCCUGGGAUG